GGUCCCUCGUGUGUCUUCCUCGAACCUUAUCCCCAACCAUGGAAAGCUAUGGCUUCCUCUACUGGGUGGGCGUGAGCACCGUGGCCUACCUGUCCCUGCGGCUCUCAUACAGGCUCUUCUCGGCCUUUCGGGUGUGGGGCUUGGCGCACAAGGAUGUGGUCGGGCCAGCACUUGGCCAGUGGGCAGUUGUCACAGGGAGUACUGAUGGAAUUGGACGAUCAUAUGCAGAAGAGUUAGCCAAGCGUGGAAUGAAGAUCGUCCUCGUCAGCAGAUCCCAGGAAAAACUAAAGGAGGUGGCUAAUAAUAUAAGAGAAAAAUUCAAUGUGGAAACCAGGACGGUUGCUGUUGAUUUUGGGGAAACCGAUAUUUAUAACAAGAUUGAAGCCAGCUUGACAGGCCUGGAGAUUGGUGUUUUAGUGAACAAUGUGGGAAUGUCAUAUGAGUAUCCUGAGUACUUUUUGGAUAUUCCAGACCUGGAUAAUACCAUCCGCAAGCUGAUCAACAUUAACAUCUUCUCCGUGUGCAAGAUGACACAGUUGGUGCUGCCUGGCAUGGUGAAAAGAUCGAAAGGGGCAAUUUUGAAUAUCUCAUCUGCCAGCGGCAUGUUGCCAACUCCAUUAUUGACUAUUUACUCCGCGACCAAGGCUUUUGUCGAUUUCUUCUCCCAGAGCCUCCAUAUGGAGUACAGGAGCAAGGGCAUCAUUGUGCAGAGUGUCCUACCAUUCUUUGUGGCUACAAAAUUGGCGAAAAUCCGAAAGCCAACCUUUGACAAGCCGUCCGCUCAGGCGUUUGUGAAGUCUGCGAUUAAGACGGUCGGUCUGCAGUCCCGCACCAAUGGCUAUCCAGUCCACGCCAUGAUGGGCUGGUUUCUCGCAGACCUGAUGCCUUCAUGGCUUUACACGAAACUUUCUUUAUCUCUGAACAAGGGAACGAAAGCUCGCUACCUGAAGAAGCACAAGAAAGCCUAAGCUGGGAGGAGCCCAUCCGGGAAGUCCAGCACGGUCCAGUGUAUCCACGUGCUCUGCAGAACACCUUUGAAAUCUCCAGUUACCACUUUUUCAUUUAGUAAUCAGAUGAAAUGCCAUUGGGUUUGAGAAGAAAACAAAAAUUAUUUCUAGGGCCUCCUGCCUUGGACUGCUUUCUUGACACAAGUUGGCCAGAGUAGGAAACUUCCAAGAGCUUUUCUCAGUAGGGUUGGGGAGGGAGAUCUUUAAUUGGAAAAUAAAACAGAAUCAGGCUAAUGGGGAGGGGGUCAGGGUGGAUUGCUGGGGAACUGUUUAAUAACUCAUACAAUGACUGGGUUUUUACUUCAAAUAGUUACUACAUACUAACUCAUGGACCACUGGCAGGGGAUCCCCAAAUCUCCCUUUCACCCAGCUUUGUGUUCCUCAGAGUGUCUGGACAUCAUUUGUAUUGUCUAAGUUGUACUUGCCAAGUUACAGCCUGACCAUUCCUUCAGUCUUGGCCAUUCCAAGGGACUAUUGGGGGAGGAGCGAGGGGAGGCCCCCCAAGAUCUCUUAAAACUCUGUCUAGUCUGCAUGGUCACUGAAGCAGUAGGGCGGGCCCAUUUUUGUGUUCCAAGCACUUUGGGCUCUGCCUGCCUGCCCUGUGCCAGGUACUAAAUAAACAGCUUGUGGCGA